AAUACCGCUCUGCGCUUUCAUCGCUUUCAUCAAGCAACAAUAUCGAAUAGAAUUAUUGACGUCACAAAGAUGGCGAACAUGUGAAGGCGCAAGUGUUUUCACAAACGUGCACACAUACAUGCACACGGCCAUAUGAUAUGCUUGCAUGUGUAUGCAUGUGUACAACUUUAUUGUGAUCUAUCGCACAUGUAGCCGCAUAUAAACAUGCAUCGAAGGAAAAGCGCAAAAUCGGUAAAUAAGCCGCCGCCGAUUCAGGCGAUACCCAAAAAGAACACAUUCGAUGGCGACAACGACAUACAAUUCGAGCUGGAGCUCUGCUGGUGUGUCCAGCAAUUGCAAACAGCUCUAGACAGCGGCAAGCUGAGCCAAAAAAUUGCUGAGGAUACGGCCAAGAACCUGAAAACAUUAACAAGCCAAACGGCGCCCCUCAUUAAGAAGCGGCAGGUCAUGAAGCUCGCCCUGGGCGAUUACAGGCUAAAAAUGCAACAGGAAGAGAAGAAAAUGCUGCUAGCUUCAAAGCAAAUCAAAUUUACUGCAGCUGCCGAUACGAAUAAGAAGUCAAGCUUUGUCAAGAAGUCAGCGCUGCUAACGUCCGGUAAGGAUUUUCGCUUUGACUUUGCGCUGCCCGCGGGCAACAAUAACGAGCCAGACGGAAGCCCAGCGGCUGGCCAGCCCGCGGCCGUGGCAGCUCAAGCUGAUGCCUCUGCGCCGAGCAGCAGCCUGCUAACGGGCAAUGGAUGCCAGUUCAAGUUCAAUUUUGCCAUUGACAAUGCGCCCGAGGAUAUCAACUUCGAGGGCUUAAUGUUAAAUAGCUAAUAGGUUAGAGCAACAACAAAAAUAAAGUAGUUAACAUAUAAAUUAUAAGCUCUAAUUUUGGUUUCGUUUCGAUGAAA